ACCAGUGAACCACUCAAGAAACAUUUCGCGCGCGCGGUAGGCAUGUUCCCAACGACUCUGACGAAUUCGUGUUUGAUUAAGACAAAACUACCCUCCACCGAUUUAAGAAAUUACAGUGGUGACACCUUCGUUGCCUCAUUCCGCUCUUUCUUCUGGUUAGAGUUGGUUUCUGCAACCUCCCAUGCAAUCAAUCGCUCAUCGUUACCUCAGUCCCCUUUCUAUUCCUCGUUGAUUAUUCGCUUGUUAGGCAAAGGAGCAUUAGGGUUUUCUAUUUUUCUCUCAUUGCAUGGAAGCAAAUCUGAGGAGAUUAGAUAUUACAAUUAAUUGCUGCAACAAAUGGAUCAGGAAAGUCUAGCUUAGCCACUUGUUUUCUGGUUGUGGUGGAAGCGUAGCAGAGAUGAAUAACACUGGGAAACUCAAAUUGUCAAGUUCUGAAUUGGACCUUGAUCGGCCCAACAUUGAAGAUUACCUUCCUUCUGGAUCCAGUGUUCAGCAAGAACGGCUUGGCAAGCUCCGCCUGUAUAUGUGUGAUUUGCUCGACAUUUCUCCUAGUCUAUUUGAGGCAGCAGGUGCCAUUGUAGAUGAUUCAUUCACAAGAUGCUUCAAGUCAAAUCCUCCUGAACCUUGGAACUGGAAUGUUUAUUUGCUUCCUUUGUGGUGCUGUGGAGUUGUAAUUCGAUAUUUGAUUUUGUUCCCUUUUAGGGUACUAGUAUUGACAUUAGGUUGGAUUAUAUUUCUUUCAUCCUUCAUUCCUGUGAACUUCCUCCUGAAAGGAAAUGAUGAUAUGAGGCGAAAGAUUGAGAGGUGUUUGGUGGAGAUGAUUUGCAGUUUCUUUGUUGCAUCCUGGACCGGGGUUGUCAAUUACCAUGGGCCAAGGCCUUGUAUGCGACCACGACAGGUUUUUGUGGCCAAUCAUACUUCCAUGAUUGAUUUCAUUAUCUUAGAACAGAUGACUGCAUUUGCUGUUAUUAUGCAGAAGCAUCCUGGAUGGGUUGGAUUAUUGCAGAGCACCAUUUUGGAGAGUGUAGGGUGUAUCUGGUUCAAUCGUUCAGAGGCAAAGGAUCGAGAAAUUGUGGCAAGGAAAUUAAGGAAUCAUGUUCAGGGAGCCAACAAUAACCCUCUUCUUAUAUUUCCUGAAGGAACUUGUGUAAAUAAUCACUACACUGUCAUGUUCAAGAAGGGUGCAUUUGAACUUGGCUGCACAGUUUGCCCAGUUGCAAUCAAGUACAAUAAAAUUUUCGUCGAUGCUUUUUGGAAUAGUCGAAAGCAAUCAUUCACUACUCAUCUAUUGCAAUUAAUGACAUCUUGGGCUGUAGUUUGCGAUGUUUGGUACUUGGAGCCACAAAAUCUGAAGCCAGGAGAGACACCCAUUGAAUUUGCAGAAAGGGUGAGAGACAUAAUCUCAAUUCGUGCUGGGCUUAAAAAGGUUCCUUGGGAUGGAUAUCUGAAGUAUUCUCGCCCUAGCCCAAAGCACAGAGAAGGAAAGCAAAAAAGCUUUGCUGAGUCUGUGCUACGGCGCUUUGAGGAAAACUAAUGUAUGCAUGUUUUUCUUUUCUUUUUUUUUUUUUUUUUUUUGCUAACUUUUGAUAUACAUGUCGAUCUUAAAUGAAGUCACCUGAUAAAAUUUCCUAUGACUAGUUUCGCUGUUUCGGAAAAACUGACAGUAGCUAUAUAUUUUACGUAUGAAAACAUUUUGCUGUGUUUAAUUACAACGCAUGCUUUAAUUUUUAUACAAUACGCUAUGUUUUUAUUA